AUAAUAGAUAAGAAGACUUCCAAACUAUUCGAUUCUUUCAAAGCAACUCGCAGAUGGAAAAAUGGUUUGUACCAAAAAGAGAAUUUUGGUGGACCGUUUUGAAAUGGGAAAUGUGGCUUUCCAUAUUUGACAACUUGUCUUAGACCAUUUCUUAUGUCUUUGACUAGAAAUAGAGUAGAAGAACUUUUCAACACGACUUUAUUAUCUUCUCCUACAGGAACUAUUUCGGAAGAAGAAGACUCAUUUCCUUUUCCUGAACUUCGAGUACGAUUGGAGAAUAAAUUCAACACCACUACUCAGUGUCCUGCUUCCUCUUUGGAAGGAGAUUUGCAUUGUCACGAAGAAACACAUAGUGAUGGUUUCUAUUGCUGUUAUCUAUUAAGGUCACUGUCCGAACAUCCAUAUGGAAAGAAUCGUACUUAUAUCGGAUUUACUACAAAUCCUGCAAGACGUUUGCGUCAACACAACGGUGAUUUGAAGGCUGGAGGUGCUUUGAGAACAAAAUGUUUUCGUCCUUGGCAAAUGGUUCUCUUUAUUCAUGGAUUUGAGACUAAGACUGAAGCUCUACAGUUUGAAUGGGCUUGGCAACAUCCAACCAAAACAAGAGCACUCAAACCAGUGAAUAAUGAUAGUUCUCUUCAUUCUAAAAACACCAACGAGACAAACAAACAGGACUCACGAAAGUCGAGCAAGUAUUCUUCAGGUAUUUCAGGAAAGGUAAAAAUACUGAUUGAUUUAGUUCGUUCUCCUCAUUGGUCCAAUCAUACUUUGAUGGUGACAUUUCUAGAAGAAGCAAUCGCUGAUUGUUCAGAGUUGUUAUUCAAAACAAGUCAUUUGCCUUUGAAUGUUCAGACCAAUAUUUUACCUUUUGAAGAGAUGGGUUGCUUGAAUGAGUCGAAAAGGAAACAAAGAUUUCCUCCACAAAAGUCUCUUCAAGACACUGUUAGAGUGGAGAAGCACAAAGAUAACCAAACAGAAGAAAAAUGGGAUACCAUGUAUAGUUUAUUAGGUAGUGAAAUAGAUGUAGUUGAAGUUUCUUCCACAGACUCUGAUGAACUUCCAAGUGAUUCGGAUUCUACGUUUAGAGUUGGAAAAAUAUUCGAGUGCCCAAUGGAAACUUUAACGAAAAUUCGAGACGAUUCAAAACCUCUCUAUGAGAUACAAAUAAGUGAACAUUUCCAUACUUUAGCUUUGACAAAUACUCCGAAGAAGAAUGAUAUAUUGCAUUCGAGAAAUGCUUGUUCGCCAGACUGUCCAAGUUGUUCAAGAUACUGUUCUCGAAGAAGAAUUGUUGAGAAAAUGGAUUGAGUCUCUUUUGAAACCCAAUACAAUAUGAAAAUAGAAU